ACACCAUCACAACAUGGUUCAAAUUAACGAGGUUAAGGACACCCAAUCCAGGGAAAGCAGGACUGCUGCUCACACUCACAUCAAGGGUUUGGGCCUUGAUGAGCAUGGUGUGGCCAAAAAGGUCGAAGAUGGAUUUGUUGGCCAGGCUGAUGCCAGAGAAGCUUGUGGUAUCAUAGUCGACUUGAUCAAGAGCAAAAAAAUGUCGGGAAAGGCAAUCUUAUUGGCAGGCUCUCCUGGUACCGGUAAGACUGCGUUGGCCUUGGCCAUAUCACAGGAAUUGGGCCCAAAGGUGCCGUUCUGCCCUAUUGUUGGUUCUGAGUUGUUCAGUGCCGAAAUCAAGAAGACUGCCACCUUGAUGGAAAACUUCAGACGUGCUAUUGGUUUAAGAAUCAAGGAGACCAAGGAGGUGUAUGAAGGUGAGGUCACCGAGUUGACCCCAGAAGAAGCCGAAAACCCACUUGGUGGCUAUGGAAAGACCAUCAGCCAUGUCAUCGUGGGCUUAAAGACCGCUAAAGGUACCAAGAACUUGAGAUUGGACCCCAGCAUAUACGAAAGCAUCCAAAAGGAAAGAGUUGCCGUAGGUGAUGUGAUUUAUAUCGAGUCCAAUACUGGUGCCGUCAAGAGAGUAGGUAGAUCCGAUGCUUACGCCACUGAGUUCGAUUUGGAGGCUGAAGAAUACGUCCCAUUGCCAAAGGGAGAGGUCCACAAGAAGAAGGAGAUUGUUCAAGAUGUCACCUUACACGACUUGGAUGUCGCCAAUGCCAGACCCCAAGGAGGCCAAGAUGUGUUAUCCAUGAUGGGCCAAUUAUUGAAGCCUCGUAAAACUGAAAUAACAGACAAGUUAAGAUCCGAAGUGAACAAGGUUGUUUCCAAGUAUAUCGACCAAGGUGUUGCUGAAUUGAUCCCGGGAGUUUUGUUUAUUGAUGAGGUCAACAUGUUGGAUGUCGAAAUUUUCACUUACUUAAACAGAGCUUUGGAAAGCACGAUUGCUCCUAUUGUGGUUUUGGCUUCCAACAGAGGCUUGACUACUGUUAGAGGCUCUGAUGACGACACCAAGGUUCCUCACGGAUGUCCCCCCGAUUUGAUCGACAGAUUGUUGAUCGUGAGAACAUUGCCUUACAACAAAGAGGAAAUCAAGAUUAUUAUCUCCAAGAGAGCUACAUUGGAAGGAUUAAGUGUCACUCCAGAAGCUUUGGAGAAGUUGUCUAUCCAUGGUACCGAAGUGUCCUUACGUUAUGCUUUACAAUUAUUAGCCCCAGCAGGUAUCUUAAGUAACACCGCUGGCCGUAAUGAAAUCACCGUUGAUGACGUGGAAGAAUGUGAACUUUUAUUCUUGGACUCCCGUCGUUCCAUCAAGGUGUUAGAGGGAAGCAAAGACUUUCUUUAGAUAAGAAUGUAAAUGUAUAUUAAUGGAGUUAUUGUCCUAACUCGUUACACUCCUGUAAGAAAUCUUGAGGAGACAAGAUAUCAGUACUUCCGUAAAUGACUUUUCUACCUGAGUUGCUCGCGUUUGACCACUCUUGCAAAUCUUGGUACUCCACAUAAUUUCCUCCCCCAAUAACAAAUACUUGUGCUUCUUGGUAAGUUUGUCUUCUUGGGGGCUUGGAAUGACCACCUCUGGAUUUUGGAUCGAAGUACAAGUAAUCAUCAGUCAAUUGAAUGGAUUCGUUUGAAACAUUAGUUGGGUCCAUGAUAGCUUCAAUUACAUUGGUGAUAGGCAAUUGCUUUUUCUCUGGGAUGAAGUUUUUAACCUUGGAAG